AUGGACGCGAUGUUUACCAGCGAGGUGCAGUCUGAUGUAAUGAAGCAGGAGCUUCUAACGCACAGGGACUCUUACACCCGUUCAUCUUCUGGCGAUUCCCCCGAGGAUGUCCACCGAACCCUAGGCCAACCCGACCGCAACCGCCGCUCCCAAGCUGCGCGCAAGUCGAACCAGCAUCAGUCCAACCCACACAGCACCUGUGCCAGUUGUGGAGAGAACCAUGAUCGUAAGACAUGCAGGUUCCGUGACGUCACGUGUCGAGGCUGUGGCAAAGCCGGGCACAUCAUGCGUGUCUGCCGUUCCAAGAACGCAGGAAUACGACCCAGACAACGCGUGCACGAGGCCCUCGAAGAGGUGGAGUUGCAGUCAAUCUCUUCAGACAGGGUAUAUCAGUUUCCAUCCCUGGGAUCUAAUAAGCUUAGGGUGCAAGUUAGAAUCGAGGGAAAGCCGUGCAAUAUGGAGCUGGAUACCGGCUCAUCGUAUUCCAUAAUAUCGGACAAGACAUUUAGAGAGCUUUUUCCCAAACGGCCCCCACCUCUCCGACCAGCCACUGUGGUGUUACGAGACUUCCAGAGAAAUAUAAUUCAGCUAAGGGGUAUGGGCACUUUCAAGGUUCAGUUUAAGAAUCACAUUAAGAAAUUGGACCUCAUCAUAACUAAGGGGCCCUUUACCAGCCUUUUGGGUUUGGCGUGGUUUGGCCCGUUAGGCUUAAGCGUGUCAGGACUAAAUCAAAUUUCACCUGGUACAGGAUUUGAGUCAAUCUGCCAGGAGUUUCCAUCAGUUUUUGACGGAACCUUAGGCCUUUACAAGGGACCCCCGAUCUCCCUACAGAUCAAUCCCAUGGUGCAACCCAUUAGGGUCAAGGCUCGUAGAGUUCCGUUUGCGCUCAAACCCAAAAUUGAGGAGGAACUGGACCGUUUAGUGGCACAGGGAGUUUUAGAGCCGGUUACAUCGGGCUCAUGGGAAACCCCAAUUGUCACCCCGGUUAAACCUGAUGGCUCAGUCCGCAUUUGUGGUGACUACAAGUGCACCCUGAACCGGGCCCUGCAGGACCAUGCCUACCCGGUUCCAAUAGUGAGCCAUGUAUUGGCCAACCUGGCUGGGGCCAAGGUCUUCGGAAAGCUGGACUUGGCACAAGCGUACCAGCAGCUACCCGUGGAUGAGGCCACAGCUGACGCCCAAACAAUAGUUACCCAUAAGGGCGCCUUCAGAGUUAAACGUCUGCAGUUUGGAAUCAGCGUGGCUCCAGGAGUAUUCCAGAGUCUAAUGGACCAUCUUCUUAAAGGCAUCCCUGGAGUCACGCCGUUCUUCAACGAUGUGUUGAUCGCUGCGCCGUCGAGGGAGGACUUCGCCGCUAGCUUAAGGACAGUGCUACAACGCUUCCAGGCGGCAGGACUUAAGGUCAAACAGAAAAAGUGCCUAUUGGGAGUGAACAGCGUGGACUUCUUGGGGUUCCGAGUGGAUGCAGACGGCCUCCAUCCAACCGAGGACAAGGUGCGUGCCAUUUGUGAUGCCCCCGCCCCUAAGAACAAGGCAGAAUUGCAAGCUUUUUUGGGACUCCUCAAUUUCUACCAUGCGUUCCUGCCACACAAGGCGGCAGAAAAAUCUUUCCAAGGGGUCAAAGAAUUGCUUAUCUCUAAUUCGGUGUUGAUGCAUUUUGAUGAAAAUCUCCCAGUUGUGUUGGCGUGCGACGCUUCCCCGUACGGGGUGGGCGCGGUUCUGGGCCACCAACUAUCGGACGGAAGAGAAGUCCCAGUGGCGUACUUCUCCCAAACCCUCACACCAGCAGAACGCAAUUACUCCCAGAUUGAUAAGGAGGGUCUGGCAGUGGUUAAAGGAGUAAAAAAAAUUCAUGACUUCCUUUAUGGCCGGCCCUUCACUAUCGUGACGGACCAUAAGCCUCUCUUGGGACUCCUUGCCCCCGAUCGCCAGACGCCUCAGACGCUCUCCCCUCGGGUUCUGCGUUGGUCCAUUUUCUUGGCCGGCUAUCAAUAUUCCUUAGAGCACCGACCCGGAAAAGCCAUGGGGCACGCUGAUGCGAGGGGUUGGCCUGAAAAGCCAGGACCGGAAUUCUCAAGCUUCACAGCUCGCAAAGACGAGUUGUCGUCACACAGGGGGUGUAUACUGUGGGGUAGCCGAGUCAUAGUUCCCCCCUCACUUAGGAGAAAGGUCUUAGAAGGUUUGCACGUGUCCCAUCCGGGAAUAGUCCGGAUGAAGGCACUGGCCCGGAGUUACAUCUGGUGGCCGGGCAUAGAUGCCGAGAUUGAAGGGUGGGUUAAACAUUGUGAACCCUGCCAAGUGUCGCGGCCGGAUCCCCCCAAGGCACCAGUUCAGUCCUGGGAAUCCACACGGUCCCCAUGGUCCAGGGUGCACAUAGAUUAUGCAGGGCCCUUCCAGGGCCAACUGUUCCUCAUCGUGGUGGAUUCCCAUUCCAAGUGGCUCGAGGUGACACCGACCUCCACCAUGUCCAGUAGGGCGACUAUAAACUCACUCAGGAAGUUAUUUGCCACACACGGCUUGCCUGACACCCUGGUGAGUGACAAUGGAACAGCUUUCACUUCAGCGGAAUUCCAAGAGUUUGUGUCUAAGAAUGGAAUCCGCCACAUCAGGUCAGCUCCCUUUCAUCCAGCCACCAAUGGCCAAGCAGAACGUAUGGUUCGCACAACUAAAGAUGCGCUCAGGCGUAUAAUACAGGGAGACUGGACCCUCCGUUUAUCAGAGUUUUUGUUGGCUCAACAUGUCACCCCAAGUGCAACCACUGGCCAUAGCCCAGCUGAGUUGCUUAUGGGAAGGAGGCUCACUACUCUCCUGGAUUGCAUACAUCCCGACAGGGCCUUAGAGCAGCGACCACACACCAUGGAGCGGAAAGCACCUAAGGGAUUUGCCCCAGGGGAUCCUGUAUAUGUUCGGAACUAUGGGUUUGGACCAGGUUGGGUACCAGGCACCAUUGAGCGUUGUACAGGGCCGGUUUCCUAUGAGGUGAGGCUGGAGGGUGGACUGGUUUGGAAAAGACACCUCGACCAGAUCAGACCCCGGUCAUCUCCCGACCCAGUACGGCCAGCGGAACCACAGGGUAGUGCAACAGACGCAGCUGGUGACUUGGCAACGGGGACAAGUGGGGAAACGGAGGGUGUGCCGCCAACCGAGACACCUCAACAGUGCGAUCCUGGGCCGGUGCCCACAGCAGCCCCGCAACCGGCAACACCUGCAGAGCCGCCUCGGUUGAUGGCACCAAUCAGCAAACAGGGACUUGGAGAUGUUCCUCAGUCGCAGGUGCAGACCCCGGAACUGCGACGGUCCCAAAGAGAACCUGAGUAUGUAACACAAGUUCAGGAAGGUGGCAGCUGGGGAUUAAAGAAGAAGGGCAAGGAGGAGGAGCAGCAGCAAAUCUUGGCUGCUGCUCUUGCUCCAACGGCAGAGUGGGACUUACCUCCUGGGCUGAGCCCAAAGAAAACACAGGCUGCCAAAAGCCAAGUAAGAGCCACCCAUGGCCUCCAGGACCGCGAGAAGAUGCUGCACCCCAUGGGAUGGAUUUCUGGAACAGAGUGA